AUGCUGAAGUCGAUGAAAACGUUGUCCAAACAGACGAAACAGUUGUCCCGGAAAUGCAUUUCUGUGAUCAUCUCCUCAAUGGACGCUCAGCUCGAGUUCGACAUCGAGAGGACGGCCUUCGGGAGGGACCUCUUGGAUCUGGUGUGCCGUACGAUAGGGCUGCGAGAGGUGGCCUACUUCGGGCUCCAGUACAUCGACAGCAAGGGGUUCAUCGCGUGGCUGAAGCCCGACAAGAAGAUCGUCGAUCAGGACAUCCAAUGCCAUCGCGCGCUGGACGACAGCCACUCGACGGCCUCGUCGUCGUCGAAGAAGUCGAAGAACGCGGAUCCGUUGAUGUCGUUCCUGUUUUUGGCGAAAUUCUUCCCGGAAGACGUGGCCGAAGAGCUGAUCCAAGAGAUCACUCAACACCUGUUCUACUUGCAGGUGAAACAAGCGAUACUUAAUAUGGAUAUCUUCUGCCCUCCGGAGGCGAGUGUACUGUUGGCCUCGUAUGCCGUUCAGGCCAAGUAUGGCGACUACGAUGAGGCCAACUAUAAGCCGGGUAUGUUGGCCGACGCGGAGGACCUGUUGCCGCAGAGGGUCAUCGAUCAGUACCAGAUGACGCCCGAGAUGUGGGAGGAGAGGAUCAAGAUAUGGUACGCCGACCACAGGGGUAUGACCCGCGACGAGGCCGAGAUGGAGUACCUGAAGAUCGCGCAGGACCUCGACAUGUAUGGCGUCAACUACUUCCCCAUCAGCAACAAGAAGGACAGUGAGCUGUGGUUAGGCGUCACCUCUUUGGGGCUCAACAUCUACGAGAAGAACAACAAACUGACGCCAAAGAUAUCGUUCCCGUGGAGUGAGAUCCGGAACAUCAGUUACGACGACAAGAAGUUUACGAUCAAACCGGUCGAUAGGGCCCACUCUCCACACUUCGCCUUCUACUCGUCCAAAACACGGAUGAAUAAACUGAUUCUCGAUCUCUGUAUCGGUAACCACGACCUCUUCAUGAGGAGACGUAAACCCGAUUCCAUGGAAUUGCAGCAAAUGAAGGCUCAGGCCAGGGAUGAGAAGGCCAGACGGCUUAAGGAGCGCCAGAAGCUGUCCCAUGAGAAACGGCUGCGCGAAGAGGCCGAGCGCGAGAGGGCAGAGCUCGAGCAGCGGCUGCUUCAGUAUCAGGACGAAGCACAUGGAGCUCAGGAGGCGCUCCGACGCAGCGAAGAGACCGCUGAGCUGUUGGCUGAGAAGGCACGGGUGGCCGAAGAGGAGGCGAUGCUGUUGUCGCAGAAGGCGGCCGAAGCCGAGGCGGAGAUCCAAAGGAUCAAAAUCAGUGCCAUUAAGACAGAGGAGGAGAAGGUGUUGAUGGAGAGGAAGGCAGCGGAGGCCGAACUGUUGGCCUCGACUAUGGUCGAGGAGAGUGAGCGCAGGGCUAAAGAGGCCGAACAGCUGAGGAAUGAGUUGUUCAGAGCGAAGGUUAGCGAACGACACGCCAAAGAGAAGCUGUUGGAUGUGCUGAGAGGUCCCGCGUCGCCAAAGAGUGCCAAACAGAUGAACGGCACGAAUAUUAUGAUUGGCAGCCAUUACGGCGAGAGUGCAGUCAUUAACGGCAUGAAUGCGAUGGACGGCAACCACGAGGACGUGAACUACUUCGACGGUUUGGCCGCAAACGCCAUGAAUGUGUUGCGCGACUUGAAUGAGUUGCGGCUCAACGACGGCUCCGGCGACCACAUGGGCUAUCACUCGCCAAACAUGUCCAACGGGUCGCCCUAUCACUCGCCCUACAACAACACCAGCUCCAUAACGGUGACCACAUCCACGUCCAUGCCGUCCACCACCAGAACCCACGGCUACCCGAGUCUGUUGAGCGCCACGGCGUGCGAUCUGCUCAGCGAUACGGACGUCGAGAAGUUGGCGCUCGAGAUCGAGAAGGAGAGGGUCGAGUACUUGGAGAAGUCGCGGCACCUGCAGGAGCAGCUCCGGGACCUUAAGUCCGAGAUACAGGUGCUGAAAGUGGAGGACAAACUGACGCCAUUCGACCGCAUCUACGACGAGAACGUGUCGAAAGGCGAGACUAAAUACUCGACGCUCCGGCGCACCCGUUCCGGCACUACCAAAGCACGGGUAGCUUUCUUUGAGGAAUUAUAG